GGAAUAUUGUCUGCUACUGAGUACUGACACAUGUCUGGUUGUCCUUGUCCGUCUCACUCGCACAACGUGGAAAAUAAAAGUUCUUUUUUUUUAAUACAAAUAAGAUGGCUUCGGUGCAGUAUGAAUAUUGCCCAGAUCCAGAAGACAGCGAUUUGGUUUUCAACAUACCAGCAGGAGAUGAAACAAAUCUAGCUGUUGAAGAAAAUGACUCUGCGUCAGAUUCAGAUGAAGCUCCUGAUGAUGUAUCCUUUAGUAAAUCAAAAGUUGCAGCUCUUUCAAUACUUAAAGCAGAGGAACAGUUCAAACGCAUAACUAAAGAAGAACAAAAAAAACGAAGACAGAAAAAAGAAGCAUUGAUGAAAGAACAGAAAGCUAAAACCCUUCAGUCUUUGGCUUCAAAAAGGUUACCUGAUAACUUAGUGGACGUCAUUUCAGCUCAACCUGUUCAACAACAAUCUCAACAAGAUUCUGAGAAAAAGCAAAGAAAGAGAACUAAAUCUGGGAAUGCCUCCAGUGGUCAUAUAAGGUUUGAAAAAGAACAUUACAUCCCAUUGGAAACGGGAGAAGUGGAAUCAUCUGACUUUAGUGUUGCAGUUCUUGAAUCAAGGAAGUGGAAAAAUAAGUUUUCCAAACCAGGCUCCAGUGUUCCAAAGGAUUUUCGUCAUAGGAUGUUGUACGGUCGAUCUAACCGACGACAAUCAAUCAAGGAUAUUGAACAAGCCAGAGUGAAGCAGGCAUUGUCUGGUAAAAUGCGAUGGGUAGUUUCUUGAUUUAUGUGUUUUGGCUGAAAAGUUGUGCAAAAAAAAAAUGUCUGAGGUGUUUCAAAUAAAUGACUUAAAACACA